GCAAUCUCACGCUAGUGUACCGUGACUCAUGUUAUCGUAUCGCUGUUUGCACCGUACGGGGAAAACUACGUGCACUUCCGGUAGCCCCUGUACGACUGUCCGACGAUAAUCAUCGUCCGCUCUUCUGUUUUUCGUUUCUUAUUAUUUUUAUUGUCGCUGUCCAUUAUCUUCAAUCCCGUAGUAUUCGUUCGCAAUACACCGCAUUUUUCGAUUUCCACACGCAGUGGUGCGCGCGUUCGGUCUUCUCGUCCCAACCGGACCCGUCGCCAAUGCAUGUGUCAUCGUGUCAUUUUUCGCGCGCGCGGUAAAUAUGUAAACAGAUUUCCCGUCCGGACAUAUAUUCGAUCGUCAUACCCGUUGCUAACUGCUGCAACACGCAAGUGCGAAAUACGCAGUCGGUUGACUAUCGGGAGUGUUUCGCGUACGUUGACGGAAAUGAUGUGGUCCACAACGGGCAGAUGAGUGAUACGCGACUGUUCACCGCGCGUACCGACAUUUCGAGAAAAGCAGCAAUCGCCCGUUAUCGUGGCGUGGCCGAACUUCAGUAAAAUGACCAAGGCCCGGAACACGCGUCAGAGCUAAAAAUGGAACAUUUCGCCGUACCGUUGCUGCUGUGGUUGGGCUUGAUUUCGACUUGGAUCGAGUCGUCCGUGUCUUUCCCGAUUGAAGAUUUAAGUUCUAAUACAGUGUUGUGGACCAGCUCAAAUAUAUGGCUCGAAGUAUUAAUAGUUGCUGUUAUCUUCACUAUUUGUAUCAUUAUUUUCCUUAUGGGCUGCUUGGAUUGUUGCCGGAACAGUAGAUUCAGUUUUAAGGAUUCUACAACAACACAGGAAUUUCAGAAUGAAGUACUAUCGACAAGAGAUUACAGUUCUCCAGGAUUAGCAUUUGUCAACCCCAUUAGCAAUCUUCAUAGUAAUGAAUUGUCAAGAUCUGAUUCCACUAUUAUCAAUAUUGAACAGCUUUCACCGUCGAUUAAAUAUCAGUCAUUAUUUAAAGAAUGGAUAAAUGAUUCACUUUCAAAUUUUCCAAGAUCCCGACUACAAUUUCACCAUGAACUUGGUUCUGGAUGGUUUGGAAGGGUGGUGAGUGGUGAAGUGGUUGGUUUGAAUCAAAGUGAAAAUAAUAAAGUAGUAGUUCGAAUCUUAAGAGAUGAUGCUACUGAUGCUGAACGAUUAAAAUUCUUACAAGAAGCUACACCACAUAAAAUUAAAACAAAAAAUGGAAAUCAUUUAGUUUUAGGACUUGUAGCUGCUUGUAUCAAAAUGGAUCCAUUAUUAUUGAUAUUUGAAUCUAGUCCUUGUGGCGAUUUAAAAUCAUGGCUCCGUAAAAACGCAGACAAUAAUGAACAUGAAACACAAUUGGAACGUAAACUUAAAAUGUCUGUUCAAGUAGUCAAUGGUCUUUUGCAAUAUUUAAAAAGUGGAGUUGUUCAUACUGAUGUAUCUGCAAGGAACUUUUUAGUUUUUCCUGGCAAUGUUGUAAAAAUUGGUGAUUAUGGUAUAAGUACUCAAACAUAUAAGGAAGAUUAUUAUUUUACUGAAGAAGGAGUAGCACUUCCAAUAAGAUGGUGUUCUCCAGAAACUUUAAAUGUAUCUGAAUCAGUAAUUGAGACUAAAAAGGUUACUGUUGAAGGAAAUGUAUGGAGUGCUGGUGUUGUUAUAUGGGAAAUAAUGGAGAAUGGUGCUCAGCCCUAUGGUUCUCUUAGUGAUCUAGCAGUGUUAUCAGCUGUAUUUAUUGAACAUACUCCACUUUUACUUCCUCCUUCAUCUAAACAUCACAAACUAUCUCAGCAAAUAUAUCAAGUAAUGUUGCGUUGUUGGAAUAGUGAUGCAUCAAAAAGACCAACAUUUCCUGAAAUUAUUUCAUCUUUAGAAGAAACUUAUAGCAUGCUGAAAGCAAAUUUUGAUCCUGUUUCCUCUAAUUCCAGUCCUGUGUUUUCUAAAGAUUUUGCUAAAAGUGACAGUGAUUCUGGAAUGAGUUCUGUCAAUAGACCUAAAUCAUUUGAGGUUCAAAUAUUUGCAGAUGACAUGAGUGAUAUUAGUUCUCAACCAUCUGCCUCCAGUGGUGUUGAUGUAUUUAAUCAAUCUAAAAAAUCUCCGUCCUUAGAAAUAUUACAUGGAUCGUUAGAAGAUCUUACAAAUUCAAAUGAUCCUUGGAUAAGAACCGAUGAUAGUAUUCAGUUUAUGGAAGGCAUAAAUAAUGCUAUAAGAGAACUAGAUGAAGCUUUGGCUGGUGAACCUACGUCAUCUGAUGUUGAAAACUCUCCACCAAUUGUUAAUUUUAGGCUUGGUCCAAUAGCAAGUAAUAAAAUAAGCCGUCCACUAUUUGGAAACUCUUAUAAUGAUAACUCAUAUUUAGGAAGACGAUCUGUUACUGAAUCAUCUGGAACAGAUACAGAAGAUGAACAUUGGCGAUUGAGAAUUGAAAGAGGUGAAUUUUCUGAAAAAGUCAAGCAGAAAUCAAAAAGUGUCGCAGAUUUGAUGAUACUUACUCAUAUAGAUGCAAGCGAAAGUAGUGAAAGCGAUACUCCAUUAAAUUCAUUAUCUAGGCAAAACAGUUUUAAACAUAAUCGGUUGGCUGUUCCCCUUUUAAAUAGUCUUACAUUUACUAGCGAUAGUGACUUAAAAAACGCACAAGAUGAUCAUGAUUUUCAAGAUACUUUAAAAAAAUUCCAAACAGCUUUAAAAAAUAGAGAUGAUGAUUCGCUUUCAUAUUUAUCGUUGCAAAUUGAUAAUAGUAUGAAAGUAAAAAAGGAUACUAAAACAAAUAGCACCAAUCCUUUUUUAGAGAUUGAAGCCUCGGAAAACAUAAAUAAAAAUAACCCUUUUAUUUUGCCAAACACAUCUCAUUGUUCUACAAUUGCUAGUAAUUCUUCUGUUCUUUUGGGUCCAUGUGAAAAUUUUACAAUAGAUUAUUAUAAAGGUAUUUCUUCAUCUCUAACAGAACAUAAAUCACCAAUAAAUGAUAAAAUAGAUAACUCAAUAUUUGAGAAUUUUAGUUUUACUUUUAAUCCGUACGAGUCUAUGAAAUGGGAUUCUAAUAUAUUUGAUUUCAGUAAACCUAUUCUCGGAGAAUCUGAAGAUUUAAAAGUUAAAGGCAAAUCAAAACACAUACUAUUAGAUGAUGUCAUUAAAGAAUCCAAUUACAAUACUUUAGAAUCGGAUUCUGGACAUACAUCAGACUAUACAAAUUGUGAAGAUAUUUCGACUAAAGAUCCAUUAGAAACCAAAAGUUUAAGUACUCCAAAUUAUUCAUUUAAUGAAACAAAUGAAGCUUAUAAUUACUAUAAUAAUAUUACGGUGCUAAAAAAUGGUUCUGAUGACUCUGGUUGUGAAAUAGAACAAAUAACAAGUGAAGACGGCAGCACAGAGUUUUUGAAUGACAAAUCAGAAGAUGAAGAUGAUAAUGAAAUCACUGUAAUCAAAGUUCACGAUUCGUAUAAAGAAAAUCUGAAUAAUGAUCAGCUUAAAUUUGAAGGAAUAUCUGAUAAAGAUAGUAAACAAAGUGAAGUGAUUAAAGGUCAAUAUGAAAUUGAUGAUAUUAUUGAAGGUCUUUCGGAAUCUUGGUAUUUACAUCCACCGAAUCAAAACGCUUCAGGUUGGCUUCCAGAUACACUUAAUCAUGAAGAUGAAUCUAAUGAUAAAGAAUUGUCUUUGGAUGAAGUAUAUGCAGAAGCUAUUAGACAAGAACUUAGAGGAAAAGUUAACCAGACUGAUAAUGAUUCAAGAAAUUUAAAUAUAUCACUGGAAGAAAAUAGCAAUGAACCUGAAAACACUAAUCAUACAGAUAUGGUUAUACAUUAUAAUGUAUAUCCCCCUCCAUUGUCCACAAUUUUUGAAGAAGAUGAAGAUGAAUAUCCUGAAAUAAUUGAUACAUUUUCUGAAAACCCUAGUCCUUCAUGUAUUUUAACAAAUACUUCUUCAGAUCAUCUAGUCAUUAGUAGAGAAAAAUUAGUUGACUCUUCAUCAGAACUAGAUAAUAUUCAAGAUGAUGUCUUAAUUGUUGACACAAUAACUAAUGAAGCAAUUAUAUUAGAUACAGACGUAUCAGAAAAACAAGAAAUAAAACUUUUGAAUAACACAUAUACAAUUGAAGAAGUAAAUUCAGAUACAGAUGAUAUAUUGGAAAAUUUAGAAUCUGAUAGUGUAGCUACUUAUUCGCCUGAUUCAUUAUCACCAGGAUCCACUAGUAAAACUGCUGCAGCUAUGUCAUAUUCAUCAUCUGAAACUGCUGAUAUUUCUGAUCAAUUUAUUUCGCCAACAUAUAGUAACAUUGAUUUACCAUUAGAUAAACAAACCAAUGCCAUUAAAAGCAUUGAAGAACUACUGAAAUCUCCCCACAAGAGUAAUUCAAAUGAAAACUUAGAUUUGUUUGACAGUAAGCAAAAUGAAAACUGGUUGAAAAUGUUUAUCAAUACUAAAACAUUUUGUGAAAGCAACCUUGUUCAUUCAACAUCAUUACCGAAUUCAAUAAAUUUUAAUAGCAAUAAUUGGCCUAAAAUUAAUGAAUUAACAGUUGUAAGCAGUUCAGAACCAAACUUAACUACAAUUGAUGUUGACAAGACUUUAAAAACACAAGCCGUUUAUGAAGCAGAUUGUUGGAAGAGUUUAGACUCUAAUUCAACAAUUACUGAAGAAAAGCACCAUAGAGAGUUUAAAGUAUCACUAGUUAAUGAAAACCCUGAAAAACAAGAAUCUCAAAAACUAUUUCCAAUUCCAUUACCAAAUGUUAAUAUUUUAAAUAAUUGGGAAAAAGUGUUUGGGAAGUCUAAUAAUAAUGGCAACGAUAGUGAAUCUACUAAAUCUGAAGAUGAUAGCGAUGAAGAUGAAGUAGAAUUUGUUCCUUCAACAUGGAAUAGUAAUGCAACUCCUAAUAAAACUUCACUGCGCAACUCAAACUCACAAUCAUGUGCCAAAAAGUCGGUGUCGUUUAAGCAACAAAAUUAUCAUUGUGUUUAUGAGUACCCGCGAGAUGAUAGCGAAACAUUUGAUUUAGACAUAGGACCAAUUUGGGAUCGAACACCUAAUUAUUUUGAUUUAUCAUCCUUUAGUGAUUGGGGAGCUGGUCCAUCAAAAACCGAUUUACUCAGUCCAUCGUUUAUUGAUGAUGAAGCAUGUAAUACUAUUCAAACUUUCUCUCAUGAAACUAAUUUUAAAUUCCCCUUGACAACUUUUGAUGAUGAUUUUUAUAUAAGUAGUUCUAAUCAACCAUUUGAAACAAACCAAAGUCAAUUUUUCCCAGGUCAAAAGUCAAAUGGUAUUGACUCUUUUGAACCUAAUGCAUCUGAUUUAAAUCAGUUAAAACCCAAAAACAUAAUUGCCAAUUUAAAUGAAGAUGUAUCAGAACCGGAUUCUCUUGCAAGUGCUGUUACAUUAAAUGAAGAACUAGCAAAAGCAGAAAUAGAUAACAUGGAUAUAAAAACAUUAGGCAAAAUACUUUCAUUCAAAAUAGAUGAGGUCGUUGAUGUCAGUGAUACAAAAUUGCCCAAAGAGCCACUUUCCCCUACUUUAGGAGAACUGUGUCAUGCCAAACAGCGUUUGACUUUAAACCUGUGUAAAUCUACAUCCAUGCAGUCAUCAAACAAUAGUACAGAAAAAUUUAACACUUAAGAUAAUUGCUUAUUCUUCUAUUUUAAAAAAAUAUCAUGUUGAUACUUGAAAGUACCCAAUGUUUUGGACAAGUACCUAACAUGAUAAUCUCUCUUGGAUUUUUUACAAUUUUGUGCAUGGAGUACACAUGAUGUGUUUAUAAUUCAGUUGUAUGCUCAUUGUGGUGAGUUGAAAAAUACAAAUUGUUAGGUGUUGUGUCUAAAAGAGUUAUCUGUUGAUCUGAAAUAUUCUGUUUGACGUUCCUUGAUAUUUACAUACAAUUAUUAAUUGGUAUAGAGUAAUGAUUACUGAUGAAUCUUAACCAAAAUAAAUAAUUUAUGUUUUAGUUACUAACAA